AUGCGCCGCAACAUCAAAUUGAUUGUAUUCGUGAGCAUCAUUUGGAUGUUUGUGAUGGUCUACUAUUUCCAGUCCAGCACGGAAAAGGUGGAAAAUCGAGCGCUGCGACUACGUGAGGUGGCCACCGCCAUGCAACAGUAUCAGGACGAUUCCUCAUCGGCGGCAGCAGCAGCAGCAGCCUCCACGGCCCGCCAAUGGGCUCCCGCCGGUGGAGGAGCAGCUGGCAGCGGGGCCGACGAUCCCGGUGGCAAUGUCAUCUUAAUCGGCUCCGUAAAGGACUUUGAGCGCAACGCAGUCCAUGGCCUCAAGCUGAAUGGCAUUGUGGCCCUGGAAGAGACAUCUCAGGGUCUCAGUGGUGGUACAGGUGGCCCUAGAGGUCGUUUACCUGUGGCUCCCAGUGGAAGAGGCACUGAAAUCGAAUACUUUGAUGAGGCGGGCUAUAUUAGAGCGGGAUCCCUGCGCAAUGGCGAAGAUCCUUACAUCAGGAAUCGCUUUAAUCAAGAGGCUAGCGAUGCUUUACCCAGUAACAGGGAGAUACCAGACACCAGGAAUCCCAUGUGUCGGACCAAGAAAUAUCGCGAGGAUUUGCCCGAGACGAGUGUCAUUAUUACCUUCCACAAUGAGGCUAGGUCCACUCUAUUAAGAACCAUUGUGAGUGUCCUGAAUCGCAGUCCCGAGCAUUUGAUAAGAGAAAUUGUUCUGGUGGAUGACUACAGUGAUCAUCCUGAGGAUGGUCUGGAGCUGGCCAAAAUAGACAAAGUCCGUGUUAUCCGUAACGAUAAACGUGAGGGUUUGGUAAGGUCAAGGGUUCGUGGUGCAGAUGCCGCUGUGAGCAGUGUCUUGACCUUCCUCGACAGCCACGUCGAGUGCAAUGAGCAGUGGCUGGAACCGCUCCUGGAAAGGGUUCGCGAGGAUCCCACCCGAGUGGUCUGCCCCGUGAUCGAUGUGAUUAGCAUGGAUAACUUCCAAUAUAUUGGCGCCUCAGCCGAUUUACGUGGUGGCUUUGACUGGAAUCUGAUCUUCAAGUGGGAAUACCUGAGUCCCUCGGAGCGUGCUGUGCGGCAUAAUGAUCCUACGACGGCUAUAAGGACUCCAAUGAUAGCCGGUGGCCUUUUCAUCAUUGAUAAGGCGUACUUUAAUAAGUUGGGCAAAUACGAUAUGAAAAUGGAUGUUUGGGGUGGUGAGAAUCUGGAGAUUUCAUUCCGUGUUUGGCAAUGUGGGGGUAGUCUGGAAAUUAUACCCUGCAGCCGGGUGGGUCACGUUUUCCGGAAACGGCAUCCAUACACUUUCCCUGGCGGAAGUGGCAAUGUUUUUGCAAGGAAUACAAGACGUGCGGCAGAGGUUUGGAUGGAUGAUUAUAAGCAACACUAUUACAAUGCUGUGCCGCUGGCUAAAAAUAUUCCCUUUGGCAACAUUGAUGACCGUUUGGCUUUGAAGGAGAAAUUGCAUUGCAAACCAUUUAAAUGGUAUCUGGAGAAUGUAUAUCCUGACCUGCAGGCCCCCGAUCCACAGGAGGUGGGACAAUUCCGCCAGGAUAGCACCGAAUGCUUGGACACAAUGGGUCACUUAAUCGAUGGAACUGUGGGCAUCUUCCCUUGCCACAAUACUGGCGGCAAUCAGGAGUGGGCUUUCUCCAAGCGUGGCGAAAUCAAACACGAUGACCUCUGCCUCACCCUGGUGACCUUUGUCCGCGGCUCACAGGUGGUGCUAAAGGCCUGCGAUGACUCCGAGAACCAGAGAUGGAUUAUGCGCGAAGGUGGCCUAGUGCGGCACCACAAGAUCAAUGUGUGCCUGGACACCAGGGAUCAGGCACAGCAGGGAGUUAGUGCCCAGCACUGUAACUCCGCUCUGUCCACGCAACGUUGGUCCUUUGGCAAGUACGCGUGAGAGGGGAGAGAGCUGGCCGGACCAGGCUAAGCCAGGAUAAUGACGAUGAUUUAGCCAGAUCGGUCGUGAUAUAUGUGCAAGUCGAUCGGGGAAGCGAUGCGGAUUGUAUGUGUACUGUAUGUGUACUUGUAAUGAUUUACCCAAAAUGUUGAUUUGUUGCUGAACGGAAGACACAGACGACAGAAUACCCUCACCACACACAGGAUUAUAUAUUAUAGCUGCAUAUACAUUUAUAUGGAAUAAGUUCAAGUUCUUCAGCCAACUUUGUCAUCUCAAAUCAACUGCUCCUGGGGAGGGUUUAAAACACACACACACACGGCGAAGCAUACAAAAAAUGUAC